GCUGACUACGCGAAACUAAUUCCAUAUCUCAAAGAGAAAAUUAUCCGUUGUCCUCCAGAUACUCCAGUGAUUUCUUUCGGUGGAUCCUAUGGAGGGAUGCUAAGUGCCUGGUUCCGGAUGAAAUACCCUGAUAUUGUUACCGGGGCGUGGGCCUCAUCCGCACCGUUGAUGUACUUCCCGGGUGGUGGUGUUGAUCCGGGUGCUUUUGAUCAUAAGGUGAAGGAGGAUUUCUUGACCGCUGGAUGCAACGAAAGAACAAUCACGAAUGGACUUGCGGCAAUAAUGUCACUCUCAAAAACAGCAGGUGGACGUCAAUAUUUGAAUAAUCUGUUUCACAUUGAAAAAAAAUCAUUGCUGGCCAAACCUGAUGAUGGUUGGUAUCUGAUUGGAUGGAUCAAUGAAGCUAUAGUUUACAUGGCUAUGGUUGACUAUCCGUAUCCAUCCAAUUUCCUCGAACCUCUUCCUGGAUGGCCAAUUAAUGUAAGUACGUUUCCCAAGCCGUCCGAAAAUUAG